AUGGAUAUGGAAAUACUUAGCUGGAAUUGCAGAGGGAUCUGCAGCGACACUACAACUCGGGCUUUGAAAGAUCUCAUCUCUCAAAACCGGCCUCAGAUCAUCUUUUUAUGUGAAACCAAGAUCAGACGCUUGACUGAUUUUAUUGCACUCCGGUCAGCGCUAGGGUUUGCGCACUCAAAGGAGGUUUUGAGUGAUGGUCAGUCCGGCGGGCUGGGGAUGUUCUGGACGGAGGAUGUGCAGGUCCAGGUUGGUACUUUUUCUCCUCACCACAUCGAUAUCAUGAUUGACGGAGGAUCUGGGAACCCUAGAUGGCGCCUUACGGGUUUCUACGGUUUCUCCAGAACAUCCGAAAGGGACCGGUCAUGGCAGCUUUUGCGUGAUCUGAGGGACCUUGACUCUUUGCCGUGGGUUGUCAUAGGAGAUUUCAAUGAGAUCCUUAACAAUGGAGAGAAGAAGGAUGGUCCGGCUAGGGCCGAGCGACAGAUGAGAAGUUUUCGUGAAGCCUUAGGUUAUUGUGAACUGCUUGAUUUGGGAUUUCAAGGGCCGCAGUCGACAUGGUGGAACUCGGAAACCCAACUACGUCUUGAUAGAGUAGUGUGUACAGAAUCCUGGUGUGACAUUUUUGGAUUUGCAAGAUUGAAACAUCUUCCUCCUAGCGACUCCGAUCAUGUCCCUAUAUUGCUGCAUGCUAGUACGAUCCCUUUGCCCAUAAGGCCGAGACAUCACAGGUUCAAAUUUGAGUCCUACUGGUUGCAGCAUAGUGAGUGUGAUGAAGUUGUAUCUGGAGCAUAG